GGUGCAAUAAUAAUAAACAUUAAAGUAAUCAAUGACGAUUAUAUAUUAGGCCAACGCAUUAUCGUAUACAACACAGUGACACCAAUUUCGCUUCGGUGUUCAUCUUUUAGUGACUGUUGAUUCCAGCAAUGGCGAUACUUCAUGGCAGUUGGGUCAAGCUUGAUCAAAGAGGAAUCUUGCAAGGAGCAAGAAGUUCACAUGCUAUUGCCGUAGUAGGACAGAAGGUCUAUGCAUUCGGCGGUGAGUUUGAGCCACGUGUCCCCGUUGAUAACAAGUUACACGUGUACGACCUAGAUACCUUGGCAUGGUCAGUAGCCGAUGUAUCCGGGAACACACCGCCACCACGUGUAGGUGUCACGAUGGCUGCAGUUGGAGAAACCAUCUAUGUAUUUGGUGGAAGAGAUGCUGAACACAAUGAACUCAAUGAGCUCUAUUCUUUUGACACUAAAACCAACAAUUGGGCCUUGAUUUCAAGUGGAGAUAUUGGGCCUCCUAACCGUAGCUAUCACUCCAUGACUGCCGAUGACCGAAAUGUGUAUGUUUUCGGCGGCUGUGGGGUUGCCGGAAGGCUGAAUGAUUUAUGGGCAUUUGAUGUUGUGGAUGGCAAGUGGGCGGAAUUACCAUCUCCCGGUGAAAGUUGCAAGGGAAGAGGUGGGCCGGGCCUAACAGUGGCCCAAGGAAAAAUAUGGGUUGUGUAUGGUUUUGCUGGAAUGGAAGUGGAUGACGUGCAUUUCUUCAACCUGGCCCAAAAGACAUGGGCCCAAGUGGAAACAAGUGGGCUCAAACCAACGGCCCGUAGCGUGUUUUCAACCUGUUUGAUUGGGAAACACAUAAUUGUAUAUGGUGGGGAAAUAGACCCUAGUGACCAAGGUCACAUGGGUGCUGGUCAAUUUUCAGGUGAGCUUUAUGCAUUAGACACGGAGACGCUAUCAUGGACGAGGUUGGACGAUAAGGUGGAUUCAGGUGAUCAUCCAGGACCACGUGGGUGGUGUGCAUUUGCCGGUGCUAGCCGAGGCAGCCAAGAGGGAUUAUUAGUGUAUGGUGGCAACUCACCUAGCAACGACAGGCUUGAUGAUAUUUUCUUCCUUGCUCUUGCUCAAAAUUAGUUGGUGAAUAAUAAGCUUAUGUUCUAGCAUGGUUGCAUAAUGUGUGAUGAAUUCUAGGUGUAUGUGGUUGUGAUAAGAGGACAGUAUGGCAUGUGAACUUUGUUAACUUAAUGUUUGUGAAUGUGCUUGUGUGCUGAAAUAAAAGGGCAAUAUAGCCAACAGCAAGAAGGGUGAUGAUUGUUGAAUGGAUGAUUUUAUGGCUUAGUUAUGAUGGUUGUUCAAUACGCCAUUCAAAUUGUUCAACCGAUAGUGCUGUAACUUCCGAUCAGUUUUUUUUGUGUUUAAAUGAAUACGGCAUAUAUAUAUAUAUAUAUAUAUAUAUAAUAUAAUAAUGUGCUGUACCAAAAAAAUAAAAUAAUGUGGUUGGAGUUGAACACAACAACAGAUUAAUUAAUAUACUCUGCUUAAAAGGA